AUGACGACCGGUGGCUGCCUCUGCGGAAACCUGAAGUACUCCUUCGACGGAGAACCCGUCGGUAUUGCCGCCUGCCAUUGCAUCCCCUGCCGCCGCAGCUCCAACUCGACGCAUUCGACCAACCUCCUCGUCCCCACACCGGCCUUCAAGUCGCUCGGUGGCACGCCCAAGACCUGGUCCCGCGUGGGCGACUCGGGCAAGACGGUGACGAACAACUUCUGUCCUGAGUGCGGCGUGCUCUGCUGGGUGACGUGUGAGGCCAUCACGGACCUCCUGAUCGUCAAGGCUGGCACCGUGGACGACCUGUCGCUCGUUGAGACCAAGUACAAACCCAAAGUUGAGAUCUACUGCCGGAACAAAUUCUCCUGGUUGCCGGACAUCGAGGGUGCGCUGAAGUUCGACGGCCCAAUGAGCGGUUGA